CCAUUGCUGAUCAUAAUCUCACUUUCUCUCGCAGCAUGGUUGAACGUCUCGACGCUCCCCAGCCCACCUACCCGUUGCCGCCGUUAAGCGACAUACCGGAUGGCGAAGAGGACAAGCCAGCAGAUACCCGGAUACUGACUACGAAACUCGGCGCUUUCGACUGGCCCGGGGUCGUUCUCGGUGCUGCAGCGUUCUCGGGAUUCUACAGCACCAAUGAACAGAUGAGCAGCGUCACGCCGCUCCGCACGACGAGGCUUGCAUUGCGGUACGGCAUACGGGCGUUCGACACGUCGCCCUACUACGGACCAUCAGAGAUCAUCCUCGGCACCGCACUGAACGCGCUCAAGGACGAAUUCCCUCGUUCCUCGUACAUCAUCGCCACCAAAUGCGGUCGCUUUGGCUCGACUCGCAAUGACUUCGACUACACACCCGCGGGCGUCCGCGCCAGCGUCAAGCGAAGCCUGGCACGGCUGCACACCGACUACCUCGAUGUCGUGUAUGUGCACGAUGUCGAGUUCAUCGCCACGCCAGUGAGCCUGCGGACGCGAGGGUGCCACCUGGGCGCCCUGGGCGCGGAGAAAGAGGUGUAUGGCCUGCUCGAGGGACAAGAGGCGACUGUCCACGGCCCGGGUGAUCAAGAAUUGCUCGCAGCCAUUUCUGAGCUGCAGAAGCUGAAGGAGGAAGGCGUCGUCAAGAACAUCGGCAUAUCAGGGUACUCCCUGCCGACUCUUCUCCGCCUCGCGCUCCUCGUUCUUCACACCUCACCACUCCGACCUCUGGAUGCGAUCCUCUCCUACAGCCACCUGAACUUGCAGAACCGAUCCCUCGAGCAGUUCGCGCCCGUCUUUUACGAGCGGGCCAAGAUCAAGCAUGUGAGCAACGCCUCGCCGUUUAGCAUGGGCCUCAUCCUCCCGAGCCCGCCGCCGUGGCACCCGGCGUCGCAGGAGGUGAAGGACGCCGUCGCCAUCGCUGUCCAGAAGAGCUCGGCCUGGGAGGGCUACGGAGGAAUAGCCGAUCUCGCGCUCGGAUACGCAUACAGACGAGGUAUCGCGUCGAACAUGCCCACUGUCACUGGGCUCAAAAACUUGGAGGAAGUUCAUGAAACUAUGAAGAUUUGGUACGACGUUCUGGAUGACAGCUCAAAGCGAAGACAGGAGAGAGUUGCACAUGAAGAAGAACUGCUCGAAGUGUUUAGGGAGCACAAUCUACUGGAUGUUUCUUGGGAGACUCCCGCGUUUAAGAGCUGAGAAUGCCGUUGUUCCAUUAGAUAUGCUACAAACAAGAAUGUAUAUGGAUGCAAUUUUUUGUGUCUCUUGUCAACCUCGUACAAUCAUGCCUGUUACCCACUUCAUCGUGUCUUGAUAACUCCAGCAUUGACAAGUUUCAUAAUCUUUUCGCGUACACCAGGAUUCUUCAUGUGGUCCUGAAGGGCGCCGGGGUUUCCCUGUGCCUGCUGCAGGAUCUGCUGCAUGACCGGAUCUGUCAUGAUUUGC